CGCUCAGCCGAGUCGGGACGCCGACUGAGCGGGAAGCGGCAUGGCGGAGCCGUCGAGCUUGGACGCGGACGUGUGGACGCUGACCCGCUUUGUGACGGAGACGGGCCGGCUGGCCCCGGGGGCCACCGGCGAGCUGACGCAGCUGCUCAACGCGACCGUGACCGCCAUCAAGGCCAUCUCCUCGGCCGUGCGCCGGGCCGGCCUGGCGCGCUUGCAGGGCCUGGCGGGCCGCGUGAACGUGACGGGCGACGACGUGAAGAAGCUGGACGUGCUGUCCAACCAGCUGCUGCUCAACACCUUGAAGGCCUCCUACGGCACCUGCUGCAUGGUCUCCGAGGAGAACGAGGGCCUCGUCGUCACGCCCCAAGACAAGAGGGGCAAGUACGUGGUGUGUUUUGACCCUCUGGACGGCUCCAGCAACAUCGACUGCCUGGCCUCCAUCGGCACCAUCUUUGCCGUCUACAAACGAGUGACGGAGGGCGAGCCCACCGAGGAGGACGCCCUCCAGCCGGGCCGCGACAUGGUCUGCGCCGGCUACGCCCUCUACGGCAGCGCCACCCUGGUGGCCCUCAGCACCGGCGCCGGCCUCAACUUUUUCACCUUGGAUCCGGCCAUCGGCGAGUUCAUCCUGAGCCAGAGGAACGUGCGCAUCAAGCCCAGGGGGAACAUCUACAGCCUGAACGAGGGCUACGCCAAGUACUUCCAGCCCGCCGUCAACCACUACAUCGACCGCAAGAAGAACCCUGAGGACGGCGGGACGCCGUACGGGGCGCGCUACGUGGGCUCCAUGGUGGCGGACGUCCACCGCACCAUCGCCUACGGCGGCAUCUUCUUGUACCCGGCCAACCACAAAAGCCCCGAAGGGAAGCUGCGCCUGCUGUACGAGUGCAACCCGAUGGCCUUCCUGGUGGAGCAGGCGGGGGGCGCGGCCACCACCGGCACCCAAAGGGUCCUGGAUGUGCGGCCUCGGGCCCUGCACCAGCGGGUGCCCUUCGUGGCGGGCUCGCCGCAAGAUGUCGACGACUAUUUGGCCUUUGUCCACAAGUACGGCUAGAGAGCCACAGCCA